UAUUACUACAUUUUAUUACAACAACACAAAACCUUACUUUCCUUCCCUAAAAAUAAAAUGGCAAGUGCAUAUAAGUUAGUAGUUUUACUAAUAGUUUCUAUUGGAAUAGUAAUAGCUAAUGGUGAUGAUGAUAAGAGCUUGGGCGAUAAGUGUGGUACGGAGUUUCAAAAAGUGGCUGCAUGUUUAACGUACGCGACGGGGAAGGCCCCGUCGCCAUCGAAGGAAUGUUGCGAUGCGGCGGAAGAUAUCAAAGAUCAUGACCCGGUUUGUUUGUGUUAUAUAAUAGAACAGAUCCAUAAAGGAUCAAGUCCUCAAUUGAAGAGUAUGGGAAUUCAAGAAGAAAAAUUGCUUCAGCUUCCUUCUGCUUGCAAACUCACUAAUGCUACCAUCUCUAACUGUCCUAAGCUACUCAACAUUCCUCCAACUUCUCCUGACUAUGCCAUCUUCACCAAUGCCACCAGCAAAUCGCCUGUAUCCACCACACCAUCCGCAUCUUCAUCACCAGAUACUAACAAAGACGUCUCCGACGGAUACAAGAACGGACCUCAACUUUCAGUCACCGGAACAAUUGUGGCUGUUGCAAUCUUUUUAGCUCGUACCGACCUACUUGUAUUUUGAUUGUCAAACCUACUUUUGGUUUUAAUUUCCUUUAAAGUUUUUGGUUGUAGCUUGAUCGUCUUGUUUUGUUUUAAUGGAAUUAAUUAUGUUGUAUGCAUUUAGUUUGCUGGUACGUACGAAACUAGGGAGCAGUUUGACCAAGUGAAUAAUUAUUCAACUUUAUGCUUUUUGCUAUUUGCUUAUAAAUUCUCUAAUUUCAUUUUCAUAA